AUGACUGUGGUCAACAGUCAGAGUAAAACUACGGUGAGUUUGUCGUGUUAUCAGUAUCAAGGCACUACGGUUUACGUACGGUAGCCUACAUUUACUAGUAAUUUAGGCUAAAGCAAGCAUUUAAUAAUUUAUAUUGGACAGCUGCAUCAGUUCUCCCUAGACGACAACUCUACCAUGCAGUCCUUAUUGCUCCCGCGUUUCACUGCAGGAGGAAACCUAAAGUAAACUACGUUACUUAUACUGGCUCAUACAGGAUUCCUCGAUCAGUGCUAAACUGUUGUCUCUUCACGUUUGGAAUAAGGACAAUCCCUUACCAGUGUAAGCUCAGGAAUGGAUUUACUGCGGGAGUGCAGGCCGCAGGGGUGUGGACAACACACUCUGGAUCUGGCUGGAACAAUCCCUGUGUUAGCUACUAGACGAGUUACUUAAUUAACCUAACUCAUUUUUUAUACUAGACAUUUAAUAGCUCUUUGAGAGUUUGAGUUUUUUUGAAGCUGUUUUCGUUCAACUUCCAGUAUAAGGACCAUAUCUUGUAUUGCUAAUUAUGUCCUCAAUAAAUUUUUGUAAUUUUUUAUUAGUCUGCUCAGGUGACCUGCGGUUCUGCAGGUAUCCCAGGUAUUCCUGCAAUUCCAGGAAAUCCCGGAAGGGAUGGUAUACCCGGGUCACCUGGUCCUGCUGGAGCGAAAGGCGAGGCUGGAGAGAGAGGAAAUGAUUACGUUGAUCUUGUGAAGUCAAAUUGGAAACAAUGUGUUUGGAAAAGAGAGGAUCUCAAAGAUACUGGCUUGAUACAGGUUUAAUAAGAAAUUUAUGUAUUUAUUAAAGUAACAGUUCAGUUACAAGAUAAAGGACAUUACCGGGAUUUCAAAGUCUGAGUACGUUUUUAAAAACAGGUAUUUUGAAAUCCUGGAAGUGCGCAGUCGAGUAUUUGGACUAUUGUAAUUUACAUAGUUUUAUAUAAAAUCUGAUUUUUAAAUCUAGUACUUUAGUGUCCUGUAGGACACCUUCAUUUAGUUUCUACUGUUAAUUAAUGAGUUUGAGAAGAUAUUCUUACGACCUACUUUGGUAGCAAAGUAGUUCACACUUGGCUAAAUCUCCGGCCAAUUCCAAAACGGCGAAUUCUUACACUGCACCUAAACCUUAACCAUUCCCCUAAUCCAAACCCAAUUCCAACAAGGACAGGCCAAAUCUAAAGAUAACCCUAUCCCCUACAGUCGCGUGCAAAAAUUAUUCAAACAAGCAGUUUAAUGGUCCCCUCCCUCCUAUAACAAGUGGUUCUUGCCCCCCUCCCCCUUUAGCAAUGUUGUUAAAACAAUUUUGAGGCAAGGGUCAUCUAAUAAUAUGUUUUCAACAUUGUUAAUGAGCGGGGGGAGGGGGGCAUACACGUGAAAAAGAUCACCAAAAUGUGAAGAGUCUCAUUAUUGUUGCGCAUGAUUGUAGAAAUAGAUAAUGAUUAAUAUGGUAGUCUAAUCAUGAAUCAAUCAUAGACGGGUUUCCGUAAUUCUAAUCCUAAAGUAAUCCCACUUUUAAUUCGGCUAAUACUAAUAAAGUAAUCCCAAUUAAUUCGGCUAAUACUAAUAAAGUAAUCCCACUUAAUUCUAAUCCUAAAGUAGUCCCUUCUAAUCCUAAACUUUUCAACCAAUCGUUAAAUUAAAUAAUCGAGUUAGGCAAAGCUAUAAAUUGCGGUUAAUAGAGUAAUAUGUUCCGAUGAGUAGAUCUGCAUGAGUCACAAAAGUAAUCCGUACAAGGUCCAAGGGAACCGUUUUGCAAUAGCAGAUAAAUAUCGAACUUUGGCUACUAAGCAUGUGAAUAACUGAUGCCAAUUUGGGAUUAACCAAUCAGAAUGCAUAUAAUGGCCCCCUUUUUGUGCAAGGACUUUUGACCACAGUUUCGACGUGCACUAUUCAUUCGCGAAACUUUGGCCAGUGCGGUACAUCUCUGGCAAAAAUUCUUACCUUAUUCCGCCUAAAUCAAAACCUUGGCAAAGAAGUAAAAUUUAAAAACCAUGCGCCCACCUCCCAAUAAUCAUGUACACCAAUUAGCGUUUCUACAAUUACGUGUUGUAAGGACUGUUAUAUAUCCUGUAUAUAGCUAGGCAUGUUACUCAUGCCUAGCUAUAUACUGCUAGGCAUGUUACUUGUAACCCACUUGUGUGACGAAAUGUAAUAAAUAAUUAAUUACUACUGGUGUAGUGCUGUCUGAUAGACAACACUUCACCACAUGAAGCGCAAUCACCGCUCUGUCUACUCAUUCAGGUCGCACUGAAGACCUGAAUGAGCAGAUCGACCUAUACUAUAUAGAGACUCGAUCGAUGUGGUCAGUCAGGUUAUUGCUUGCGGAAAUCGGGGUAAUUUUUUUAUUUUCUCGUUCGAAAGGACAUAUAAAAGCAUAUGUAAAACUCUUUUACCGUUUUUUUCACAUCUUGCUUACUUCUACAAAUAUUUUAAUCGAAAGAAAUGAAAUGUCCGCCAUCUUGGAUUUUUGUAGAUAUGCAUGUUACGUCACAACAGGGUUUACGCAAUAUUUCUAUCUGAACAAUCACUUUGCGCUCAAAAUUAUAUUCUGUAUAUGCCCUUGGAAAUAUCAAGAUCACUUUAAAACUUAAUUGAAACAUCUACCAAUCAAUAUUUGGUCAGCAACGAAUACUUUUAUAUGGUUCAUCCCUGUUGUGACGUCACCAAAACUACGGUUAGUGAGAUCAAAAAAUUCAUCCCAGAUCGCGGACAUCUCAUUACUUCAAGUGAAAAUAUUUCAAGAACUAAGCAAGAUAUGAAGAAUCGGUAAAAGAAGUUAUUAAAUAGUUUCAAAAGUUAUUUCAAAUGAGAAAAUAAAAAAAUAUAUUGCCAUUUCGCUUUAACGGGGAGGUUCGCCUGUUUCCCUGUUAUCUAAAGGUCCACCUGUCCCUCUAGAACCUGCAGUUUUUGCAGUACCCUGGGUAAUGUGCCUUAUACCAAUAAUGGUUCACCAGUCCAACUGGGUCUGAACUCGCUGAACGACAUGCGCAGAGUCAAGCAUGCCCUCCGCAGUCUAGAAAUUCGCCUGUUUCUCUAGAUAAAACUUAGGUUAGCGAGAGUCUCUAGACAGUUUGGCCGGAACGUCCUGUUUUCGAGCACUCGUCUGCCCAAAAUAUAUGCUACAAAAACGUGUUUCAAGUCAUUGUUGUCUUGCUUAGCCGCCAGUUGUUCGAUUUUAGCUAUCUGUCUGUUUCCAACUACUAAUCAUACUCGAAACUACCGUCGUGACCUUAACCUAACCCUAGUAAUCCUAUUCCUGACCCCAAUAAAAUCCCAACUCUGAUCCAAUCUAAGCCUAAUCUAAUCAUUGCCGUAAAUCUAAUCUAAUCCAAACCGUAAACCUAAUUUAAUCCUUAAGCUCUGGGCAAACUAUAAGAAACAUUGUUGUGGAAACAUUGUUUCCUACCAAUGUUUCGCCAUGUUUCCAAGAGUGGGCAAACACUAGGAAACAUUAGUGAGAAACAUAGGGGAACAUCAAAUGUUCCUGAAUUCGCUAGGAAACAUUUUUGCUUCUCGGGAAGCAAAUUUUGUUUCCGCAACAAUGUUUCCACGGGUGGGCAAACAUGGAAACAUUUGAGGAAACAUCGAGAAUCACAAAUGUUUCUGCAACAAUGUUUCCUAGUUUGCCCAGGGCUUUACCUUUGCCUAAACUAAUCCUAAUUCCUAACCCUUUGAAACCUGAUCUAAUCCUUACCUUAGACCUAAUCUUAACCUUAUUCUAACUACCCUUUGUCUUUUCUGUUCAUAUAGAACUGUAUUUUCAACAAGAAAUACGACAACACCUCACUUCGUGUGUUCUAUGGAGGAAACCUACGUCCUUACGGCAGUGGUGUUUGCAGUCGAUGGUAUUUUACAUUUGAUGGCGCAGAAUGUACAAAACCAGCUACUAUUGAAGGUGUUGUUUACGUUAAAUCAACGCAAGUCAACCCCCUUCGUCACCGUCAUAUUGAAGGUUACUGUAACCAGGUUCCAAAAGGUCAUGUACGUGUGGGGUUCUGGAUAGGCAAGUGUCAGGGUCAAAGUCUCGGAAAUGGCAAUACUGGCUGGCUAUCGAUGUCUCGCAUUGUGAUUGAAGAAGUACCACCUCCUCAACCUUAA